CCCCUACAACACUUCUGCCGUGUGUCGGUGACUCCCUCACUUUCUCUCCAGACUCGCGGACUCAGAGACUUGCCAGUGGGAGGUGGUGGGUCUCUACUCUAUUCUAUCAUAGAUUACAGGUCUGAGUAAUCUUCUCAUCGACAAGACAAGACGCAAGCAAGAGAAGGAAGGAUGAAGGUGAUAGAGAAGAUCCAGGAGUCAUUGGUGGAUGAGAAGAAGGUGGUCUUCUCCUUCGAGUUCUUCCCGCCAAAGACGGAGGAUGGCGUGGAGAACCUGUUGGAGAGGUUGGAUCGGAUGGUGGCCCACGGCCCGGCCUUCUGCGACAUAACCUGGGGUGCCGGUGGCUCCACGGCGGAUCUGACGCUGGACAUUGCCAACAAGAUGCAGAACCUCAUCUGCGUGGAGACCAUGAUGCACCUCACCUGCACCAACAUGCCCGUCGACAAGAUCGACCACGCCCUCCAAACCAUCAAGUUCAACGGCCUCCAGAACGUUCUUGCUCUCCGGGCGGACCCGCCCCAUGGCCAGGACAAGUUUGUUCAGAUCCAAGGAGGCUUUGCCUGUGCCCUGGACCUGGUCACCCAUAUCAGAGCCAAAUAUGGUGACUACUUUGGCGUCACUGUUGCUGGUUAUCCAGAGGCUCACCCAGACGCCAUUGCAGCUGAUGGCCUCGCCUCUCCAGAAGCAUAUCAGAGUGAUCUAUUUUAUUUGAAGAGAAAGGUUGAUGCUGGCGCCGAUUUCAUUGUUACUCAGUUAUUCUACGACACUGAUGUUUUCCUCAAAUUCGUGAAUGACUGUCGCCAAAUUGGAAUUACUUGUCCCAUUGUUCCUGGAAUUAUGCCCAUUAAUAACUACAAGGGUUUCAUACGCAUGACUGGCUUCUGCAAAACAAAGAUACCAGCUGAGGUUACUGCUGCCUUGGAGCCUAUCAAAGACAAUGAAGAAGCUGUGAGAUUAUACGGAAUUCACCUUGGAACCGAGAUGUGCAAGAAGAUUUUGGCUCAUGGGAUUAGGACAUUGCAUCUUUAUACUCUCAACAUGGAGAAAUCUGCAUUGGCUAUAUUAACGAAUCUUGGUCUGAUUGAAGAGUCCAAAAUAUCAAGGCCCUUACCUUGGAGACGCCCUGCAAAUGUUUUCCGUGUUAAAGAAGAUGUUCGUCCAAUUUUCUGGGCUAAUCGUCCCAAGAGCUACAUAUCAAGAACCGUAGGCUGGGACAUGUACCCACAUGGGCGGUGGGGUGAUUCCGGUAACCCUUCAUAUGGAGCACUGACUGAUUAUCAGUUCAUGCGGCCACGUGCACGUGACAAGAAACUUGUUGAGGAAUGGGUUGUCCCAUUGAAGAGCAUUGAAGAUAUCUACGAGAAAUUUAAGAAGUUAUGCCUUGGAAAAUUGAGAAGCAGCCCUUGGUCUGAACUAGAUGGGCUUCAGCCAGAGACGAGGAUCAUAAACGAGUUGCUAGGAAAAAUUAACACUAAAGGUUUCCUUACCAUCAACAGCCAACCAGCGGUAAAUGGGGAAAGAUCUGACUCGCCGUCUGUUGGUAAGCAAUAAGGACAAGUAUGUUUGUCUGU